GCUGUUGAUAUCAAUAUGGCGGUUGUCAGCCAGACAAAGACAGUCAGUCUGAUGUGAUUGAGACAAGGGAGGUUUUCAGGGGGAGACUGGGAGAUAGGGGCCUCCCCUCCCCCUUCUCCUCUUCCUGCGCCGGCCUCAACCCCUCCCCAGUCCCCUCCCGACGGGCGCCCCACGCGGAAGACACCCCUCCCCCUUCUGCUUUCCCUCCUCCCUACCUCAGCCAUCCGUACUGGGACGUUGGGGAGGGGGCUGUGCCGGGCGGAGAGAACUCAGCGAGGAUUCUGAGAAUGGUAGAUAACGCAGAUCAUCUCUGGAAAGGAUAUUGAUCCGCCUCAUGUAAAGUAUGCUCAGUUCCUUUCCAGUGGUUUUGCUGGAAACCAUGUCUCAUUAUACAGAUGAACCCAGAUUUACCAUAGAGCAGAUAGAUCUGCUUCAGCGCCUUCGGCGUACUGGAAUGACUAAACAUGAAAUUCUCCAUGCCUUGGAAACUUUGGACCGUCUUGAUCAAGAGCAUAGUGAUAAGUUUGGAAGAAGGUCCAGCUAUGGAGGAAGUUCAUAUGGGAAUAGUACCAACAAUGUCCCAGCAUCUUCCUCUACAGCUACAGCUUCCACACAGACGCAGCAUUCGGGAAUGUCCCCAUCACCUAGCAACAGUUAUGAUACUUCCCCACAGCCUUGCACUACCAAUCAAAAUGGAAGGGAGAAUAAUGAGCGAUUAUCUACGUCCAAUGGAAAGAUGUCACCAACUCGCUACCAUGCAAACAGCAUGGGUCAGAGGUCAUACAGUUUUGAAGCCUCAGAAGAGGACCUAGAUGUAGAUGAUAAAGUGGAGGAAUUAAUGAGGAGGGACAGCAGUGUGAUAAAAGAGGAAAUCAAAGCCUUUCUUGCCAAUCGGAGGAUUUCCCAAGCAGUUGUUGCACAGGUAACAGGUAUCAGUCAGAGCCGGAUCUCCCAUUGGCUGUUGCAGCAGGGAUCAGACCUGAGUGAACAGAAGAAAAGAGCAUUUUACCGAUGGUAUCAACUUGAGAAGACAAACCCCGGGGCCACACUAAGUAUGAGACCAGCCCCCAUUCCAAUAGAGGACCCUGAAUGGAGACAAACACCUCCCCCAGUCUCUGCAACAUCUGGUACUUUCCGACUACGACGAGGGAGUCGAUUUACCUGGAGAAAGGAGUGCCUGGCUGUUAUGGAAAGUUACUUCAACGAGAAUCAAUACCCAGAUGAAGCAAAGAGGGAAGAAAUUGCAAACGCUUGCAAUGCGGUUAUACAGAAGCCAGGUAAAAAACUGUCUGAUCUGGAAAGAGUUACCUCCCUGAAAGUAUAUAAUUGGUUUGCUAACAGAAGGAAGGAGAUCAAGAGGAGAGCCAAUAUUGAAGCAGCAAUCCUGGAGAGUCAUGGGAUAGAUGUUCAGAGUCCAGGAGGCCAUUCCAAUAGUGACGACGUCGAUGGGAACGACUACUCUGAGCAGGAUACUUGGCAAGUACGCAAUGGGGAGGAGGAGGAGGGAAGAAGUUCAGAGGGAGGCAGAGAAGCAGAGAAGGAUGACAGUACGAGCCAUAGUGACCACCAAGACCCCAUCUCAUUAGCUGUGGAAAUGGCAGCAGUCAACCACACUAUAUUGGCAUUGGCCCGACAAGGAGCCAACGAAAUCAAGACAGAGGCCCUGGAUGAUGACUGAUCAGGGAGGUUAAACACGACAAGUUAACUUAGUUUAGACGUAGCACCUUAGCAGACUUUCCUCGGUCCUUAACAUGUGUUCUUACAGUAUAACUUGCAGUUUCUUGUAUGUCAGGUAGCCGUUAGGGUCUUGUUCUGUGAAGAUGGCAUGGUGCCCUCAGCCUUUGCAUAUACUCUCUCAGUAUUAAUUCCUAGUAAAUAAUAACCAACCAACCAACCAAACUUCCCUCUCCCAGCCCCCGAGGCUAUAACAUCUUGCUGCUCCGUCUUAGCAUUCCAAGAAAGUGCUUCCAGGUAUUUAGAUAGCCCUCAGUUCUCAAAUAUUAGACUACGUGUAAAAUCUUGGGUACCUUUAGAUUCUUGUAACACUAGUCUGUACCCCCUUUUCCUUCCCCAAGGCUGAUAGGAUGCAAGCUGAGGUCGUGGCACAGGAAUGACAGACACCAUUUGGGGAGUAUCCACAGAGUCAGAGGAACACUAGAAUCCCCACCUCAGCGUGAGGAUAAUUGAUUUCCAGCUGCAAUAAGCCGUGCCUCAUUAUAGCCACGCUGUGGCUAGAUUAUACUUCUUGGGUGCUGUGCUAAGAAUGUCAAUGGAAAAAGUCAAUCUCACAUUUUGUUUGAAGUUAACAUGCCUGACACAGACAUCCUUUUCUCUCACAAGCUGUGUGACUUAGUAGAUAAAAUACUGCCUUCUGCCUUUGGGACCAUGAUUAAAAACAAAAACUAAAAGUCAUAAAAAAAAAAAAAAAAAACCCAGGUUGAGAGCAUUGGGAAAAAAAUAUGAGCUGAAUGUCUGAUGGAUGCUAAAGUCCAGUUUUCAGAACCACUGCACAUUCCGCGGCACAGUUAGCAGUGCCUGCCUGGAAAAGUUUUGGAGGUCAUCGUGGAAGUUGCUUUGCCUCCUGUCGGUGUCCCCUUUCCCUGCUACCAAAAAAAAUCUUUCAAGGAUGGAGCUAAGGUCAAAAAUGAGUGAAAAAACUUGCAGUGUUUGUAUCCAUUAAACUGAAGCCCCUUCAAUCUGAGAGGUCGCUAGAGGACUUCAUAGUGGGGUCAUGCUGCCUGUCACAGAUGCAGAUGCUUGCCCAGAUAGGAGCAGAGAAAAGCAGGGGACGCUUCCCACUCACAUUGUGGCUGUACCAGAACAACAGGAUGGGACUGCUUUGCUGUUCUCUUUACUCUGUCCUUGGAGAGACGUGAAAAGCUGUAUUGCUACAGGCAAUUUAUUUAAUAAUUGGAAGCCAUAUUGAUAAUGGAUUUGGUAAUAUUUGUAAAGUUUAAUCUACUUUAAGCGGCAGUAACUAAUGGAAUUUUUUUCCUUGAUCACAUAUGUAGCACUUUUGUUACUUUUUAAAGAUAUUUAUAUUUGAUAAAUCUUUUUUUCAUUUUGAGAACUCAAAAAUACCAAACAGCGAACUUGUGUUCUAAAGUCACCCUGUGAUCACCUUGUCAUCUAGUAGCAAAAUGAUGAACUAUUCAUGCAUCAAAGAAAAUUACAUCUGCUGGUCUUGUAUGAAAAUGAUCUCUUGGCAUCCCGAUUAAAUGACACACUGUCACUGUGGGUAAGAGGAAAGAGCCUUCAAUGUAGCAGCACAGGGUGCAUCUGAAAGAGGCACAACUGCUAUGUAUUUUCUGCCUCAUCCGGUCCCUCCUGUGUAGAAUGAAGCCGUGUUUAAAGGGGACUGUGGGGCUGGCUGUUACGCGGGGCUUCUUUCUGUCCGUUACCCGAAAACAAUUUCUAAGACAGAAGGAAGGUGCCAUUUCCUUACCUCUUCACCCGUCCUCCUCUACCAAAUGUAUUCAACUUAAAACUAUGAGAGACUGAAUGACCUUCCUCAAUUUUCCCUUUCUCAUUCAGGAGAUACUGAGUAUCCGCCAGUUUCUAUCUGACCUUCUUCCACUUCAGGCACAUGCUGACCGCAUCAUUUCCUUAUCUGUUAAUCGUGCUUAUGUGAGCGUGAGGCGAGUCUUUGCCAGAGCAUGAAAGUGCCACCUUAUAUAUGUCUGUGACUAUAAAGAGCUAUAUGCGGGGCCUGGUCCUGCUCUUGUCCAUGGAUUUCAGGGGGAAAAAUAUAUGUACUUUUUCCAGCUUCCAAGCA